AUGCUGCUGCUCGAAUCUUCUCAAAUCCUUGAUAGUAGAACUUACCAAGUUCUCAACAAUCUUACUUAUGUAUGGUGGGAUCUAAAUCUUAUCUAUUUCAUUCUCUAUAAAUACUACUACUUUUCAGUAGCUCAUGGUGUGAAUGGGGGAGACUUGGAUGCAGAAACUUCAUGGAACAUGCGGCCGGGGCAAGACGGAGCGAAAGUACGAGUUAGUAUAAUAUUGGCCGACCGGGGGGUUUCAAACUUAAUGGCCCUGACGGACGUCAAAUGUCAAGUCUCCACUGCGGAAAUCGAAGUGGGAAUUCUCGCAUUUAAACCAAUAAAAUCAUCGAGAUUCAACCGCCUUACCUGCAUACAUCCGGAAAUUACGAUAAGGACAAUAUUCAGAACUUAA